UGAAAACGAAAAAGCAAUUUUUAAAAAUGAAUUAUUUAGUGUCGGUAUUGUUUGUGCUAGCUUGUAUAAACUUUACAACGCAAGAUAAUGCCACCACCGCUGUUAAUAAAACGUUAAAAGAUGGUGGUACUGUUAUUAAUGAUAAACCAGCUGAGAUACCUAAAUUCAUUCCAAUUCAACCAUCGACCGAUAUUACAAGUACAACAACUAUAGUUCCAACGACACUCAAUCCAAAUAAUACAACAACAGCUAAUCCCAAUUCCACCACGACAGCACCCACUACUACAAAGCCAACAACCACUACAAAGCCUACGACAACUUCGUCCACUACUAGUACAACAACAACAACAACAACCAAAACAACAGUUCAUACUUCUACACAGAAACCUAUUCCUCCUUCUCCCAGUCCUAGUCCUAAUAGCACUUCAGUCAAACCUCCUACGUCUAGUGUUAGUCCUGUUACCACUGAGAAGCCUGAACCAGAACCUCAUAGAAGAUUCGAUGGGCCCAGUUUCAUAGGAGGCAUCGUGCUAGCACUGGGACUGGCAGCCAUCGGUUUCGUAGCCUUUAAGUUCUACAAAGCUCGUCUAGAAGUCAACUAUCAUACUCUCUAACCCCAUGACAUUUCGCAACUAAAUAUAUAAAAAAGUAUUCUUGUCGUCGUUAAAUACGCUGCUGAAAAUAUGUCUGAAAGAUUUUUAUUUGAAACAUUUUAUUCGCUAUAUGUAUGUUUAUAAGAUAAGAAAACUCAUGUUUUUUCGGUGUAUAGAUUGAUUUUCUCAGAUAUAUUUUUACGUUGUUUAAUCGAUAUUAUCGGGAUAUUGUUUAAUCUUUUAUAUUAGGGUAGACAGACACCACCUUUCUUUUAAGAUAAAACCUAUAAAAGGAAAUAGUCCGCGUCAUGCGUUAUGUAUAACGCUAUUGAUUCUUCUGAUAAAAAAAUAUGUUGUCUGAUAAGUCGUUAACUAUCUCUCUUGUUUGAUAUUUUAAAUAUUUACUUAAGAUGCAGUAGAAUAAAAAGUUCAACAGUUUUGACCUUCAAACGGGUCGUUCACGUUUAAUUGUGUUAUUAAUAUUAUUUUAUAUUUGUUUUAACAUUGUAAGAAAUGCCUUCCUGAAUUAUUUUAAUAUUUAAUGUAAUUUUAAUUUUCGAAUUCUACUCGAAUAUUGUAAGUAUUUAGAGAAGCAAAUUGUUUUUAUCUCAUUAACUCUUUAAAUGAAGCCGCUGAAAAUUACACCAAUAAUUGUUAGAAAUCGAUGGCAAAAAUGUGGUUGGGCGGGUUAAACUAUAAAAAACCGGGUCCAAUCAUGAUAUUAACUAUCAUUCCACGCUUCUAGUACCCAAUGAUUUGAUGGACGACUUUCUCCCUAUUCUGCAUUUAUAGUUCUUCAAACUUUAAAAUAGAUUAUUUGCAAUAAUGUCAGCAGCUGAUAACAGUCUUCAAGUGUGCUUGAUUAAUGAUUAUCUACGAACGCUUCUGUAUCCAAAUCCCGAAUAUGUUCGAUUGGAUUUAAGUAUUAUCACUUAAAGAAUGCCUUGCAUUUUGGGGUGUGUAGGAAAUUUGACGACAUGGCCUUCCAUUAUCUUCUAUUCGGACCUAUACUAUAUAUACCAUAUGCAACAGCUACAUUAUGUCCUCCAGAUAUUAAAGUCUCUCUGGAUAUACGAAAAGUGUUCUUAUAGACAGACUCGCCACCAAAUUUUUGUAUUUUUUUAUUGUAGCUAUGUUGCCUUGCGACAAAGUGAAAAUGAUAUGUGGCACCGGUCUUCUUGGUGUCAAGUUUGAUUCUGUCUAUUUCUAAGAGGUCGGAAACAUCCACUCCUAAUACAUUUGACUUUUUUUCCUUGCAAAUAUGACUUGAAGAAAAUGCUAAAGAUAAGUCCUGAUUCGGGUGAUUUUCCUCUUAGAACCUUUUCAAAUAUCGACCAUUAACGAAUCCACAAACAUUUUUCUGGUCUUUUUUUUUUAGAAUUACGGUGUGUGAAUUUCUUGUGGAAUAAAAUAUUAUGAAUCUUUAAGAUUGGCGUUAUUAAAUUUGUGUAGCGGUAACAUUUAGAAACUUGAUGAGAUACAAACAGCUGUGAAUCUAAAAACAAUAUUUUUUAUUUAAAAACCGAAAUAUUCUGUCUAUUUUUGCCAUGAAUAAGGAGACACAUUUUCAGCACGAUUUCAUAUUUACAAUUUCUCUAUUAACCUCUGUAAUUGAUGUACCAAUGAUUUAAUUUGUAUUGUAUGUGAUAUAGGUAUGUUAGAAAUAUCUUGUGCAUUUGUUGUCUUUCAAAAAUGCAGUAUUUCAGAAAUGCAAUGCUAGAGAUUCCUUCAGAUUUGUGAAAUCUGUGCGAUCUGGAAUAUUGGAUUCUUGACUGCUAACGAAUUGAGGCUGUCAUUGAAAUGGAUCAUGUUACUAGCCAGUAAUGUUUUGCUGCAAUUUUUAAAAGCUAUCAGAAGCUAUUAUGAAAGUUUGUAAACUAUUUUUUCAUGUGAAUUAGAUGCUUUAUUGAUGCACCAACACCGAGCACUUAUAUCUCGCAUUAACAUGGUCCAAUUUUUAUUUAUUUUUUUUUGGAUCUAUAAUACUGUUCAAACGAUACACUGAAGAAUUCCACCAUAAUAAUUCGCUAUGUAUAUUGAUCAAUAUUAUACAUCUGUUAAUUCAUUUUUAUUAAGUGUAGUUUUUGUGUUAAGAUAGUUUAAACUUUUUAUUUUGUGAUAAAAAUGUCAAAUCAUUUUCUGGUGUAUUCAGAAAUACAAAUCGUCAUCGUAGCCGGGUGCAAUACUGGACGAUAAAGUUGGUCACAGGGUUCAAAGUGAUGAAUGUGUCUCUCAUCACUAUCAAGAUCAUCAACAUUAACAUAAAAUCGGCCAUGUAGCAACAAAUUCAAAUUAGCAAGCAGGAAAAUGGCAUUGGCCAUCAAAGAGAAUUGUAUCUGACAAACAAUUCGAUAAAAUUAUCCUUAGGCCUUGAUAUUGUUCAUUGGGCAUUGUAAAAUCGGUCUUUGGGUUAUGUAAAAUACUCCAUAUAAAAAUAGACCAUCUGCUUAUGGGCUCGAUACAACAGCCCAAAGAGCAGAAUGAAAUUGUCCAUUGUGAUAAAAUUGGUCGAGCGAGAAAUGGGUCGGAGUCAAUGAAAUUGGCAAAGCAGUCGGUGAAACUUAUACAAUCUAAAAUAAGGCAGAGUGGAUUAGAAACAACGUGAUGCUAAAUUAUCCACUGAAUCAAUCAAAUUGACCAAUUGGCCAAGAAAAUUGCCCUUUUCGCGAUAAUGUGAAACUAUCAAGCGGGCUGUAUGAAAUAGUAUGUCAAGUUUCUUGAAAAAUAUCUCAGGACUGUUUCUAGAGGAAGAUAGAUUGUUUAUUGUUCUGAAUACAUCUGACUGAGCGUCUGAAUUUUUGUAUAUUAUUGUUAUUUUAAUUCUAAUAUGAUUAAUAUUAAGUUUAAACAAUUAGAACUGAAGCUUAACAAAGGAAACUUAAGUCAAUAAAUAUUAGGAAGCUUAAGAUCGUUAAGUGAAAAACAUUAUUGUAGUUGCACGUCGCUUGAGAAAACUAAAAUUUUUUGAAACUCUUAAAUUGUAAAUGUAAAUUUAGGUCAAUAGUACCCAUUCGAACGUCGUAUGUCAUCGAUGACAUCUGUCAUUGCUGUAUCGAUAUGCGCCAUCUAAAUUCCGACACGUUUUACCAACUUGUUAAAAAAUUGAUUCUAGUUCGUUUUAGGCUAUAAUAUUAGAACCCCUUUGACUAAAUUAUGACUUUUUGAGUAUUCAUGUAUAUAAAAUCAUUCAAGAUUUCGUUCCAAUUUUUGUAGACCCAAAGAAAGAUUAUGGUUAUUUUCUUUUAGUAAACAGGUACUAUUAAAAACGUCUUAUUUUACACUAGUAAUUGUUUUUUUCUCGUACGCGAGAUACAUCCAUGUCGAGUAACAAGAAUGAUGAUAAUUUUUGAUAGAAGACAUGUUAAAAAUAAAUAGUUGUUGCUUGGAAAAUCGAUUACUUUAAAAAUUAUACUUUGUCAGCUGUCACUUGCUACAUGACAUAAGUCAAAAGUCAAAUUUAAGUCAAAUCUAGCUGUAUUUGAAAGUAUGUUUGUUUACUCGUUAUGGGUAUAGUCGCGUAUUCAAGAGCUUUACUACGCAAUCUGUCCGAAGAAAGUGCUCUUAGUAGAGUGUAAGAUAUACUCGAACUAUAUAUAUAUUAAAAAAAAAAGAAUUUAAAAUGGUGCGCUCCUAGUCUAGUUGGCAUAUUUUUUAAGAAUUUAUCGCACGGUUGAAAUAAAAAAGAAUAGUUGAUAAAAUAUAUUUUUUGUAAUAAUUAAUAAACCUUCUUUACUACUAGUUGAGUUUUCUCGAUUAUUGAUUAGGGUAGAAAUUUAGUCGCUAGUGAUUUUAUACUAAGACACGUGCAAGAGUUAUAUAUUAUAUUUUUUUGUUUUCGUAGAUAAAGGUGUAUUUCAAAUUUAUCAGAAUUAUUUUGGUGGUCCAAUAAAAACAUAUUGAAUG